AUGACAAGCACUUGGAAACUCGGCAGAAAACUAAAAGAAGCUAACCCAUUGAGUUCAAAAUCCUCGUCUUCAAACCUAUCCGCACAAUCGAGACCAACGACUGCCAGCGGAAAUUUAUCAGCUACCCCUUCAACGAAUGGUACAUCGGUAUCAACAGCUUCAGGUGCUCCUAUUCACCGUUCAGGUGUCCUCACUAUCCGAGUAGUCGAAGCCCGCGAUUUGGAAUUAUCAGGACAGCAAUUACCACAGCAGAUUGAGAAAGCACUCUCUACCCAGGCUGCUGCUGCUGCAGCUAGCGUGACCUCCACAUCUGUCAACCACGCACGUCAGUCGUCAUACAGCUCCAGCAAUAGAGACAGCGUACAACGCAAGCAAUGCUGGUGGCUCCCAUAUAUUGUUCUAGAAUUCGAUAAGAACGAAAUCUUGGUUGAUGCCCUCGGAGGUAGACUUGACCAACCAGUUUGGAUGUAUAAGGCACAUUUCGAUGUUUCAAGAGCUAGCGAAAUCGCUAUUUCUACCUAUCUCAGAACUGGUUCAAGCAAUUUACCCGGUCAAAGUGCUACAGGAUUGAACGAUAUGGGCAACUCUGAUCUUUUCUUGGGUGCUGUUAAGUUUAUACCAGACUUUGAGUCAAAUCGUGCUACAGAAUCUUGGUACCCAGUCGCCGGCGGAUCUGGUCAUAUGUUCAUCCAAGUCUCUUUCCAAGCUAGAGCUUCCUCAUUGACGAUCGAGGACUUCGAUUUACUCAAGGUCAUCGGUAAGGGAUCAUUCGGUAAGGUUAUGCAAGUCAGAAAGAGAGAUACUUCACGUAUCUAUGCUUUAAAGACAAUCCGUAAAGCACAUAUCGUCAAUAGAUCCGAAGUCACACAUACAUUAGCUGAAAGAACUGUCUUGGCUCAAGUCAACAAUCCAUUCAUCGUACCAUUGAAAUUCAGUUUCCAAUCAACUGAGAAACUUUACCUUGUUUUGGCUUUCGUUAAUGGCGGUGAAUUAUUCCACCAUUUACAACGCGAAGGAAGAUUCAACGAAGCAAGAUCCAGAUUCUACGCUGCUGAAUUGUUAUUAGCAUUAGAGCAUUUGCACGGUUUCAACGUCGUCUAUCGUGAUCUCAAACCAGAAAACAUCUUGCUAGACUAUACCGGUCACAUUGCUUUGUGUGAUUUCGGUUUAUGCAAGUUAAACAUGACAGAAAAUGAGACAACAAACACAUUCUGUGGUACACCUGAAUACCUCGCACCUGAGUUAUUGUUAAAUAAAGGAUACACAAAAUCAGUUGACUGGUGGACGCUUGGUGUUUUAUUAUACGAAAUGUUAUCAGGAUUACCACCAUUCUACGAUGAAAAUACAAAUGAAAUGUACAGAAAAAUUCUUCAAGAUCCAUUGAGAUUUGGUGAUGAAUUCAGUUUAGAAGCUAAAGAUAUCUUGACAAGAUUGUUGCAUCGUAAUCCUUCUGCUAGAUUAGGAUAUAAUGGUGCACAAGAAAUCAAAGAUCAUCCAUUCUUUGUUAACAACAUUGAUUGGAAGAGGUUAUCAUCAAAGAAGAUCCAGCCACCAUUCAAACCUGCUGUUGCAUCUGCAAUUGAUACGAGUAACUUUGAUGAAGAAUUCACAUCUGAAGCACCUCAGGAUAGUGUUGUUGAAGAUAGUCAUCUCUCUCAAACUGUUCAAGGUCAAUUCCAAGGCUUUACUUAUGUUGGUGAAUCAAAUCUCAGUGAAAGUGUCGGUCAAAGCUUUGGCGCUUAAGGUUAAGAGACUUUUAGUUUUUGCAUUUCCAUAUAAACAAUCACGGAUACCAACGAAGGUUUCUACAAAUUCAACAAAUUAAACUAUUUCACUAAAGAGCAUACCAAAAAAGCAGAAAUUCUCUCAUUUUCAAUCUCGUUUACUUGCCCACCCCAUCAAUAUAAACGAAAAUUCGUUGUCUAUAAAAUACCCAAAAAAAGACACUGGAUUAUAUAAGAAAUUAUUAAAUUUGCUUGUAUAUACACGACAAUAAAAGCUAAAUUUUCUAUCAAUUUUUUUUUGUGAUACAUUUCAUGUCAAGAUAUAUAAGAAAGGGGUCUCUAUACUUUUAUUGAAUUUAGGCAGACUCCUCAACUUCUUCCUCUGCAAGAAGUCUUUCACAUUCUAAGGCAGCCAUACAUCCUGAACCGGCUGAAGUGAUAGCUUGUCUGUAUCUCUUAUCUUGAACGUCACCGGCAGCAAAAAGACCCUUGAUGUUAGUUUGUGUAGUACCUGGGACGGUCUUGAUAUAUCCAUCUUCAUCAGUGUCUACUUGAGAUCUAACGAGUUGAGUGGCUGGUUCGUGACCGAUGGCGUAGAAAAGACCGUUAACAUCUAAUUUUCUGGUUUCACCUGAUUGUACAUCCUUAAGUGUGAGUGCUUGUAACAAAUCACCAUCACCGAGUGCUUCAGUAGCUUGAGUGUUCCAGUGUACGGUAACCUUUGGAUGCUUGAGUAAUCUUUGUGCCAUAAUCUUUGAUGCUCUCAAUUCGUGUCUACGAACAAGAACGUGAACAUGUGAAGCGUACUUUGUGAGGUAAGUUGCUUCCUCAGCUGCAGAGUCACCACCACCAAUGACAGCUAAUGACUUAUUUCUAAAAAUUGGUGCAGCACCAUCACAUACAGCGCAAGCAGAGAUACCUGAUUGCCAGUAGGUUUCUUCACCAGGUAAGAAUAAACGCUUAGCUGAUGCACCUGUGGCUAAAAUGAUAGAAUCUGCCAAUUCGUAUGCGUUGUCAUCCUCUUCUGAACCUUCUCUCCAGUAUUUGAACGGUCUCUUUGAUAAAUCAACCUUUGAGAUUGUUUCAGUGUGGAUUGUUGUACCGAAUCUCUCAGAUUGGGCUCUGAAUUUGUCCAUCAUUUCUGGACCUCUAAUACCGUCUGGGAAACCUGGGUAGUUUUCUACGUCGGUGGUAGUCGUAAGUUGUCCACCUGGUGCUAUACCAUUAGCAAGCAUUCCUUCGAAUAAGACUGGUUGCAUUUCAGCUCUAGCGAGGUAGACUGCUGCAGUGUGGCCAGCUGGACCUGAACCGAUGAUAACAACUCUGUUGUGUACUCUUUCUGACAUUGCGUUUACGUUGGCUGCGAAAUUAAAAGUGGGAAUUGAAGAUAAAGCUACGCGAGAGGCUUUAAAAAUAUUUCUGAAAAUAGUGCCGGCUAACGAU